UAAAAUGUAUUUUCUUCCGCUGUUUGGUUACGACCAGUAACAUAAACUCGUUUUUCAUAUUUUUAUCAUGUAGUGUAUAUAAAUUCUCAACAAUUCUGUUCGAUAUGAAUGUUUGUCGAUAAAAGGGAUUAUCAUGGCGAGGAUUGGAGACAUCAUUCAUCUAAACGUCGGGGGCAAAAGAUUCAGCACCUCCAGACAGACCCUGACAUGGGUUCCUGACUCAUUUUUCUCAAGUUUAUUAAGUGGGCGGAUAUCGACAUUAAAAGAUGAGACCGGAGCAAUUUUCGUAGACAGAGAUCCAUCUCUAUUUGCCACGAUUCUGAACUUUCUGCGCACAAAAGAGCUCCACCCCAGGUCCAUAGAUGUUCAUCUACUCAUGCACGAGGCAGAGUUCUAUGGAAUCACUCCACUAGUGCGAAAACUGCAGUUGUGUGAUGAGUUGGAUCGCUCCUCCUGUGGGAACGUCCUUUUCAAUGGCUACCUGCCACCACCAGUGUACCCAGUGAAGCGCAGAAACAGGCACAGCGUGGCAGGACCGCAUUUUAUGGGUGGGCGUUCAGGACCAGUGGAGAGAGCCCCCGUGAGGAGAAGCAACACUAUGCCACCUAACCUGGGCAAUGCCGGCAUACUGGGCAGAGCUGUUGUGGAGGAGCGCGUGCCAGGUCCGGUGUCUGACCCAGGCAUGGUCAGAAUAAUAUGCGGUCAUCAUAACUGGAUUGCUGUGGCUUACGCCCAGUUUGUUGUCUGUUACAGGGUUAAGGAGUCUACUGGAUGGCAGCAGGUCUUUACGAGCCCACGGCUGGACUGGGUGAUCGACAGAGUUGCUCUUAAUGCUAAAGUCAUGGGCGGUUCACUUGGGGACAAUGACAAGAUGGUUGCCGUGGCGUCGGGCACAGAGAUAAUCUUAUGGGCUAUCUGUCCUGAUGGAAAUGGCAAUGAAAUCGGUGUGUUCAGUCUGAAUGUGCCGGUGGAGGCUUUAUUCUUUGUAGGAAAUCAGCUCAUUGCCACUAGCCACACGGGUAAAGUGGGAGUGUGGAACGCUGUUACUAAACACUGGCAGAAUCAAGAUGUGGUUCCCAUCAAUAGUUACGACACAGCUGGAUCUUUCCUCAUUUUGGGCUGUAAUAACGGAUCUAUUUACUACAUAGAUGUCCAAAAGUUUCCACUGCGAAUGAAGGACAACGAUUUGUUAGUCACUGAACUGUAUCGAGACCCCAGUGAAGAUGCCAUCACUGCAAUGAGCGUCUACCUGACACCUAAAACAAGCGACAGUGGGAACUGGAUCGAGAUAGCGUACGGUACCAGUUCAGGUACUGUGCGUGUUAUUGUGCAGCAUCCGGAGACCGUGGGAUCUGGUCCACAACUCUUCCAGACCUUCUCUGUACACCGCAGCCCUGUUACCAAGAUCAUGCUGUCUGAGAAACAUCUCAUCUCUGUGUGUGCUGACAACAAUCAUGUACGUACUUGGACGGUGACACGUUUUAGAGGCAUGAUAUCCACCCAGCCUGGCUCCACCCCCCUAACUUCCUUUAAGAUCCUCUCAUUGGAUGAUAUCGAUGGCCAUGGUGGCUGUUCUGCAGGCACAGAAAUCGGUCCGUAUGGUGAGAGAGAUGAACAGCAGGUGUUUAUCCAGCGUGUGGUUCCUGACACUGAUAAACUCUACGUGAGGCUCUCAUCCAAUGGGAAAAGGGUGUGUGAGGUGCGCUCGGUGGAUGGGACUUCCAUCACUUCAUUCGUGGUUCAUGAAUGCGAGGGAUCCAGCCGCAUUGGUUCCAGGCCUCGCCGUUACCUCUUCAGUGGUCAUAGUAACGGCAGCAUCCAGAUGUGGGACCUGACGACGGCAAUGGAGAUUGCAGGAAAAGUGGACAUCAAAGCUCUUGGUGGUCCCACUGAAGAGGAACUGUUGGAACUGUUAGACCAAUGCGAUCUUGCACUGACUCGAACCCCAGAUAUGAGUCCUGCCGUCUCUCUCACACACUCCUCUCGCAACUCAACCUGCAGUCUGCAGUCCCAGUUGAGUGAGAUUCCUCGAGCAGGGGCUGCUUUUCGUGGCCCUGUUCCUCUAAACGGUAGUCUCCCUCGCCACGGGCCAAUACAACCCCUCAGCAAACCUCGUGAGCUCCCGUCCCACCUCGGCCUUAGCCAAUCCUCUCUCGCCAGUACCACCAGCGGCAGCAAUAGCCCCCACCCGAGCCGAGCCCCGCUUGACCGUGACGGUCUUGGAGCUAUCCGAAGAGGAAGCUUUGUAGAGCGAUGUCAGGAAAGAGCCAAAUGCUCGGAUAUGGGGAGCCUGGACGCGGGGAGGCGGAGUUUAGCGGUGUGCAGUGAGCUCGAAGCACGGCUCGGCCUCAGGAUGCAGUCACCAUUCUCCGCCCUGCAGACACCAACAUCAUCAGGAGCAUGUUCAAUGAGAAGACCUUCACCUGCCACGCCAAGCCCCACCCCCUCUCCUGUCAGUCCAGCGAGAUCACAAACACCGGUGUCUCCAAGACGACCCCUCACCUCUCCAACCAGUGAGACUCCGCCCAGUGAGAAUGCGACUGGCCACGAAAGCCCCACCUCUCCACCUUCCACCAGCCCUAAACCAAAUAUGAAUGAAACUAGCUUUUGAGGAUGUUUCAACUGAAGAAUGGUCAAACAGACCGUGCUGUCGAUAAUGCAGGGUGCCUUAUAAUAUUGAAUGUGAAGUCUUUGAAAGAGUAUGUACAUGAUAAAGAAACAUUCCUUGAGACUUUUCAAAAAAAGAUGGAGAAAGACAUUGAAAGAAAUGUUUUACAUUAUGUACAUUUACUAACACACUGUAACUGUAUUAAAGUGAAGACAUAUUUGUUUAGUCACACUAUACAAUAAUGGAAUAGCUUCAGCUUUGUGAAGCUUUGGUAUUUCGUACAUCACACUGAUUGUUUAUGCACUGGCUAAUUUAACUCCAUGAAUGAAAAACAAAAUAUAUCUAAACACUGUUUAUAUAUGGCUAGAUAUCAUGGUUUCCCUUAUGAACAAUUGCAGAAUAAACAUGAAUGCUUAUUUUAGGCGACAUGCUCAAAAUCUGGAAGCUUCUUUACCUUAUAGGAGUCUUAAAAUUUGUCUCAAUUGACUUUCCAUAGUAGGAAUAAAAAUUACUAUGGAAAGCCCUUGGGACAACUACUCCUUUAAUCUGUCAUUAACAGACCAAAUAUUGGCUGAUGAGUUAGCCUUUGCUAUCAUAUGGGUUUACUGCUAUAUGCAAAAAUGUCUAAAACUAAAUUAAAAUGUGUGUCUAAAAAAUGUGUGGACUUUACCCUUAAACAGUGAUAAAGAUGAGUUUGAUGGACUUAUAUUCACUCUUCCACUUGGUCUGUUAUAGAAAACAGUGGAAAAUUGUAUACGUAGAGUCAUCCAACAGUCACCACAAUGUCUGCAUGUAAUCUGUAGACACCAGUUGGCCGUUUACAUUAAACCACAUAGGAGUGGGUUGUUGUGUGUAAAUGCAGGCAGUGCUGCUGGUGUGCCUUUAAAAGUGUAAACAUGGGCUGUUACUGUAUUAAACACAUCAACGCUU